UCACUGCUGAUAGUGGGCGGGGCCAGUAAAGAUGAUUGACACUGAUAAGAGCUGAAUAAAGAGGACGAAACUGAAGAGCAGUCAGAUGUGUAGAGACACACAGAGAACAUUCAGCAUCAAGAAGAUCAACAUCCUCAACUCACAAUGAAGAUCCUCCUCAUCUUCACUUUCUUCAUCAUCUCAGGUGCAGUGAGAUGCUUCGAUGUGAUUGGAUAUUCUGGAGGAAGUGUUCUUGUUAAUUCAUGGAAAUCUUGGUGUGAAGACUGUUAUAAAUAUAUGACUAAACUAAACCCACAGAGAAACAUAAUAAACUAUAACAAACAUGAUCAGUGGAUAAAUGAAGGAAGAUUCACUCUGUAUUGUAACAAUGAUGAAAACCUGAUGAUCUACAUCAAAGAUUUGAACACAGAGGAUUCUGGGACAUACAGGAUUGGCGUUUAUAACCAAGGGUACAUUGAUAUGACUCUGACUGUGAGAGAAGAUUCAUGUUGUGAGGCGUCACAGACAGUGAUGGUGAAUACCGAAGAAAAUGCAAACUUCAGAUGUCAAUAUUCACAGGAUUAUAAGUACAAUGACAAGAUAGUUUUUAAAGAAGGAAAAGACUCAAUGAAUACUAUCUGCAGCAAAUGGGAGAAGACAGAGAGAUUCAGAAUUUCUGAUGACAAAGAUAAAAAACACUUCAGUGUGAGAAUAACUGAUGUGAGAUCAGAAGAUGCAGGAGUUUAUUUAUGUGGAGUUCAGCGUUACAGAGACUCCUACAGUUACUCCAUUAUUACUGCUGUUCAUCUCAACAUUAUGAGUAAAGUGGGUGUGGUCAAAGUGAGUGGAUACUCAGCAGGUCAAAUCAUCUUCAAGUGUCAUCACCCUCAAUACAAAAAUAACUCAAAAUAUCUGUGUAAAGAAUCAGAUGGAUGUUCUGAGAGGAAAUCUCCAUCAGUUCAGGAUCAAUGGAUGAAGAAUGGAGAUGUUUCUCUAUAUGAUGACACCACAGCAGGAGUCUUGAUGGUGUAUUUUAGAGAUCUGAAUGCUGGAGAUGCUGGGACAUACAGGUGUGGAGUAAAUGUAUCUCAAUAUAUUGAGAGCUUCACUGAAAUACAGAUGGACAUUAAACAGGCGAUGGCAGACUGGUGGGUGAAUCAAUCUGUGUAUCUUGGUGAUGAAGUCAAUAUUAGCUGUCAGAUCCCAGAGGAACAUCAAGUCUCAAAACUCUUCUGUAAAGAGGAUGAAGAUCACAUCUGCCAAAACAUCAACACAUCUAAAGUUAAACUGAAUGAUUUAUCUCCUAAAAGUGUUUUUACUGUGACCAUCAGUAAUGUGACAGUGAGAGAUGCUGGAGUUUACUGGUGUGGAGCAGAAACCACUGAGAGAGAUUUAACUUUCUUCUCUCUCACCGCUAAAGUUCAACUCAAUCUGAUCACACUGAAGAAACCCAACGACGGAGAGGUGGAGAGAGAUGAUGCUUUCUCCAUGAUCAUCAUUGUGUGUAUUUGUGUAAUUCUGCUGCUGAUUGGAGGAAUCACUCUCACUGUUUGUAAAUUAAAUCACAAGAAGACACCAGAAAACAGCUCAAGAACAGACGACACACAGAGAGAUAAAAACAGAUUGUCGUCCUGUGCAGACAGCAGGCGUCAUUCACUCUCAGAUCCUCAAUCAGCUCCACUUUACUCUAAUGCACAAUUACCCACAAUCCCCUCUGAUGAUCUGCUGUACGCUGCUGUCAGUUUCCACAAGUAUGAAGAUUCAGUCAGUGAUGUUACAGACAACUUAAGUAAAGAGGAGAUUUUAACCGACUACAUCACUGUCAGUCGACACACAAGACUCAACUGAUUCUUAUACAGAAGAUCAAAGUUAGUCAAAAAUGACCAGCAGUAUUUAAGAGAAUGAUUAUGAUAUUUGCUUGGCUUUUGUUAAAACUGUAUAAUACGUAAUUCAGUGUUUCUUUACUGUAGUUUAGUAAAAGAUCAUACAGAUGUAUAGCAGUGCUGAAAAAGUGGCAUUUUUACUCUGACCUAUGUUUCUUCUUUCAUGUUUAGAACAGCAAGUGGCACAUUUAAUGUGUGUAGAGUUUACAUUUAGCUGAUGGUGUGAAUGAAAGAGGAACAAACCUUUGAGUGACUCUUAUAAAAUAAACGUAAAGUUUUAAAUGCAAACACAAACAGACACAGCAUCAUUUAAUACAUAGCCUACUUUUAACAUAUAUUUUAUUUAAUCUUAUUAAAAUAUCAGCCUUUAAAAGACAGGUAAACCUUUAAUUACCCUUAAGUAAUGUUUUUGGGGUCCCAGGGGACUUUUCCUUCAUUUUUUAAAAAUGUGAUACCUUCAUACCAGGGGCAUGAAACUCUGUUACUUUUCCUAAAUAAUCUAUCUAAACAUGCACACACAAAAAAACGGGCUUGAUUUGGUUGUUCUAAAGGGGUGUAAAAAAAUGACCAUUUAAGGUGUUUGGGGUCAAAAUGACCACACAUUGAAAAUGAAUGAAAAAAAAUACUUUUAUUAAUGUUGUUUGUCAAAAAAUAAAUGUAAAUCCAUUAUAAAUCUGAAUAUUUCUACAUAUAAACCAAGGUCUGGUCCUGGAGCAUAAAUAAAAAGUAGAGCGAACUUCCACAUCUCAUACACACACACAUGCACGCGCCUAAUACUUUGAUCUCUUAACACAAAGGCUCAAUAAAAGAAACAGAAAUAUCAUCAGAAAUCACUAAACCACAUUAAAACGCAAUGUGAUGUUGACCUCUAAAGCAGUGGUUCUCAAACUUUUUCAGCAUGCGAAAAGUAUGAAGACUCUGAUGGGUUUUUCAGUUACCUGACUCAGUAAACAUCUUCUCACACUGGCUAAAUUAAUCGGAUUGAAGGUUACGACAAUGCAGUUUACAUGCACAUUGCAAUCUGGUUAAAAUGUUUGUUUACAUGUACAUUCUAAUCUGAACCAAACGUCUGCGCAAGCGCACACCCAGGGUUGCCAAAUUUGCUUAUCAAAACCAUCCCAAUGGACAUUCAAAACGAAAAAAUAACUGUUUGUGAUUGCUUUUUUUAAAGCCUACAAGUCUGUGGCUCCAAAAGAGGUCAUAAUAUUAUAGAUUUGAGUCUUGUAAGGCCAAUUUCCUGAGUAAAGAUAGCCCCGCCCCAAAGAACACAGCAUGGGUUCACAGUGAAUGUAGAGUCAGAUAUCAGUUUCCUCAUUCUCUGUAUACAUUUUACAUACACAAAGUAUCUGAAACUGGUCUCGUUUGUAUUUCAAUUGAAAUGUCUCAAUGCAAGUGGUUACAAUAGUCUCACUCAUAUGUUAUGUAUGUAUCUCACUCACUCGUAUCUUUGCAUCAUGUAUUUCAUUUUACUUUGAGGAAUCUGUAGCCAGAUCUUUCAUUUGCCAAUAUUCUCAUUUGAUUAUAUUUGAUUCUUCGUGUUUUUUUUGGAUUGUGAAUUGACUUUGAAUUAUAAUCUUCCUACCUGGCUAUUAAAUUGUGUUUAGAUUUAUGUUGUGUUGCUACGAAAGUUAUUGACAUGACUAGUAAAUUACGAUGUAUCCUUGUUACUGCAAUGACUGAAAUCAGGCUAAAAUCCCAGUCUAGAUGGCAUAGUGGUACAUCAGCGGAGGAUUUAGGAGAUCCGACUAGCACUUGGCGUUAGUUUAAGUUAAAUUAGAUGCGUGGAGGCUAAUAGUGUAUUUUGUGUUUAGAGUAACAUAUACAUGUUGUCUGAACACUCUAAAUCAGAUGAGCCUCAACCUCUGGUUAUUAUAUAUAUUAAUAUUAAAUUAUGGCACGAUUAUACAAAGCUAUCAUUAGAGAAGACGGCCAGUUUUGUUUUAUGGUAAUGGUAAAUGGACUGCAUUUAUAUAGCGCUUUUAACAGACCUAUGGCCAUCCAAAGCGCUUUACAAUUUUUAUGAUAGUGGUUGUGAACCUCUGGAUAGAAAUAACUAUGUAAUAAUUAAGUUGCACCUCUAAGGGGACUAAUAAAAUAUGUUCAGAGAUGAGCCUUCUGAGCAUAUGGUCCAACCUCUAGCAGCAACCAAGCCUGGUUCAAUUGUGAUUGUGGGCCCGCAUGAUUAUUAAAUAUUAAUAAAUGGCCGGUGUUUGAGUCCAAAGCGACAUGAGUAGCCGAAUGAAGGGAUGUAAUACCAAGUAGGGCUAAAUCAGAAUAACCAAACAUC